GAGAGCGAGAGCUACAGCGGCGGGCUGAGUGAAAAUCCCUACUUUGUUGUUCUUGUUUUCCGUGCUCCGCUUCUCCCUCCCCGGGAAGCAGCCACACACAUCUUGCGCGGGCAGAAUGUAUGUAAACGAUGCCACAGACCAAACGCAGUACAGCUGACUGCAGAAACUAACCGCUGAAGAUGGAUAAGUGUAGGCAUGUGGGCCGCUUGCGGCUAGCCCAGGACCAUUCCAUCCUAAAUCCUCAAAAGUGGCAUUGUGUGGUUUGUAACACUACAGAAUCUGUAUGGGCUUGCUUGAGCUGUUCGCAUGUAGCGUGUGGUCGUUACAUUGAAGAGCACGCACUCAGACACUUUCAGGAAAGCAAACAUCCCAUGGCACUGGAGGUGAAUGAACUUUAUGUCUUCUGUUACCUCUGUGAUGAUUAUGUUUUAAAUGACAAUGCCACUGGUGACCUUAAGCUCUUACGCAGUACGCUAAGUGCGAUCAAAAGCCAAAACUACGAUUGCACAACUCGUAGUGGUAGGACAUUGCGGUCUACAGUAGCUGCUGACGACUCGUACCUUUCUCAUGAAGGGGCUCAAGCUCUUCUUCAAAAUGAAGACCGGGCUUUCACUGCUCUUUGGCACCGGAGACAUGCAUUAAUGGGGAAGGUCUUUCGAUCUUGGUUUGCUUUAACCCCCAAAGGCAAACAAAGGUUAGAAGAGGAGCGCCUAAGGGAGGAGGCUGAGCAGAAGAGGGAGGAAGCAAGAAAAAGGAGACAGCUGAUGAAACGCAAGCUAAAGGAAGAGAUGGAAAGUACCCCCCCUAGAAAGAGUUCUCGAUUGCAACAGCAGACACAAACACCUCCCACGACAGUAUUGGCAGAUGUUCAAAAAAAGAACCAAAAAGCAGCUUCCACCACAAAACAAAAACUGCCAACACCUACCUCGGAUGAAGCGCAUGGCGAUUCUCCAAUAAAAAGGAAGCCUACUGUGACCCCUGGGGUAACGGGGCUGAGAAACCUGGGGAACACUUGCUACAUGAACUCCAUCCUUCAGAUCUUGAGUCAUUUGCAUGCUUUCCGGGAAUGUUUUUUACAGCUCGAUCUAAAUCAAACUCAGGAGAUAUUGGCAGCUGCGGCCAAUGGUAAAACAAGGUCAUCUAACAAAUACAUACCUUCUGCAGACUUUACUAACCUAACGAAAAAGCACACUAAAGUGGAAAGGUCUGUGGCAAGGCGUCAAAGUUUCUCAUCCGGCCUUAGUGGUGGGGCAUCAAAGAGUCGAAACAUGGAACUCAUUCAGCCUAAGGAGCCUAGUUCAAAGCACAUUUCCCUAUGCCACGAGUUGCAUACUCUCUUUCAGAUCAUGUGGUCUGGCAAGUGGGCGCUGGUAUCUCCCUUUGCCAUGCUCCACUCUGUGUGGAGACUGAUCCCAGCCUUCCGUGGGUACGCGCAGCAGGAUGCUCAGGAAUUCCUCUGUGAACUUUUAGAUAAAGUCCAACAGGAACUGGAGACAACGGGGACCAGGUACCAAGCCCUGAUUCCGAGUUCACAAAGGAAACUCAUCAAACAAGUCCUGAAUGUGGUCAACAACAUCUUUCAUGGACAACUUCUCAGUCAGGUUACCUGUCUUGCCUGUGACCAUAAGUCUAAUACAAUCGAGCCAUUUUGGGACUUGUCUCUAGAGUUUCCUGAGAGGUACCAUUGUAACGGUAAAGAGACAGCUUCACAGCGCCCUUGCUUGCUUACAGAGAUGCUGGCUAAAUUCACAGAAACGGAGGCCUUAGAAGGGAAGAUCUAUGCCUGCGAUCAGUGCAACACUAAGCGCAGGAAGUUCUCAUCCAAACCAGUUGUCCUUACAGAAGCUCAGAAGCAGCUGAUGGUGCAUCGAUUACCUCAGGUACUGCGACUCCACCUGAAGAGGUUCAGGUGGUCUGGUCGCAACCAUCGGGAGAAAAUUGGAGUGCAUGUCCAGUUUGACCAGAUGCUGAACAUGGAACCUUACUGUUGCAGAGAGUCUACAGCAGCCUUGCGGGCCGACUGCUUUAUUUAUGACCUGUCUGCUGUAGUGAUGCAUCAUGGCAAAGGAUUUGGUUCUGGGCAUUAUACAGCUUUCUGCUACAACCCAGAAGGAGGUUUCUGGGUACACUGCAAUGACUCCAAGCUCCACACGUGUACAGUAGAAGAGGUCUGCAGGGCACAAGCAUACAUUUUAUUCUACACUCAACGAGUCACUCAGGAGAAUGGACAUUUGUCUAACAGACUUUUAGGACUCAGCACUCCAUCUGGCUCUCCAUCCACACCGUGCUGAGACUGAUUUCCCCUGGAAAAUUUCACUAGCUUAAGGCAGCUUCUUGUCAGGGGAUCAGUAAUGUGUGUAUAUACCUUGUUACCUUGUUUACGCUGGACAGGGAGCUACGGUCCCCCAUAGCUCGCGUGGCAUCGGUUGCUCCAUCCAGGGCAGAGUUGGCCUGCCUAAUAAUUCAAUUUCAGUAUCCAAGUUAACGAUGUUCAAAGCGGCAGAAAAAAGAGCCUGUGUUGGCUCCGCGAUUGUAAUGAAUUUAACUCCAAUUCUCAUUCAUUAUUGUACAGUCUGUUUAUACUUUUUUGUUAUGGAAAUAAGCACUCUGGAAAAAUAGAAUAAAAUGAUUUUAAUGUUUUGUA